AUGUCCAUAGUGUCCCCAUCUCCUUCCGACUCUCUGAAGCACCACUUCGUGAAGGCAUUUUCCGGUUUUAUUUUCCCUUUAGUGCCGCGUCUCUUCCGAAUCCGAUUCUUUUCGCUUUGUUCUGAUAGAGUAGAUCUAGGUACUUCUCAUUAUAUCAUCUGCCUCCAUCACUUGUAACUUGUAACGUGUAACUUUGUCAAUACUUUUGACAAUAUUUCCCAUCAAAAGUAACCGAUUUUAGUUCAAGAGAAGUCCCGUUAUAAUCACCACCAGAUUUUUAGUUCCUC